UUUUUUGUAUCGGAGGAAUCAACAGCCGCCAUCUUGACGCGGCUCCGAGUCUGGAUUUCUAGGGGAGCAACAUUUUUAAAAACCGAUUUCGGCCACCCAGUCCGGGCUAUGAAGACAUUUUCCGACAAAAAAAUCGAAGUAUUAGUUUUGUCGUUCAAAAUUAAUCCAAACGCGGGGACAACGGUUUUUAGUCGUUUCGAAAGAGUACUGUAUAUUUGAUUUCCCUUUAGAGAGCGCCGCUUCUCGGUGUACCUCCGUCCACAGACGCUGUUUUUACCUGGAGACAGCGACGAGAAAAAAAAUUCCAACUCAUAGAAAAUAUUUGGUGAAUUUUCUUCUCUUUAUUUAUGCCAAAUUUAAAUUUUAUGGCCGUCAGUUUUUACUGCGAAAAAGAUGAUUCUGUACAAAUGUGAAACCGGCGAUCUACUGGCAAGGAGAUUCGCUUUCGCGUUGUGUAAUGCUUCGUGAUUGAUUUUUAUUUAUUUUUCUCGUGCUAAAAUAAUUUUUGAACGUAUUUUUUUGCGUAUAAUUAUGUGGGUGUUGGGUGUUGGAUUAUCAUGGGGUGAUCUUCGGUGGCGAAGCGUGGCGCUGUUGCCUUUCUUUUGAAGCGCUUUUCCCUUCGGCAGCGUUUCGCCUGUCUGCCCGUGAAGAAGAACAAGGGAGGUUUAAAAAAGAAAACAGCGGUGAUAAUUAGUCCUGCACUCGCUGCGUUGAGAAAAAGUUACUUAUUAUUACGUGCCGCUGACCAAGAAUAUACCUCUCGGUAUUUAUUUCUUGCAUCACCGUCCAUUCAAAAACACUGACCAGGAGGAUGGCUGACAAUCUGCUGGAUGCGGUACCCCCCAUGGCAAAGCGACCCAAGCUUAACUCCCCUCUCUCGGGAUCGGAUGGUCCAGAUCUUGUAUCCCUAUUUGACUUGGAAAAUGAUCUUCCAGAUGAGCUCAUCCCCAACGGAGAAACGGGAUUAUCCACUAUUAGUGGUCCAGGCGGAGGGGGUCCAGGUCACAAUUCAGUUAUUCCCGAUGCUGCAGCCAAACACAAGCAGUUGUCUGAGCUCUUGCGACCGGGAAGUUCUUCAACUUUGGGAGGGACAUUCAACUCUUCAAUCGGAAGCCAGCUAGGUUCGGUGCUGGGUAAAGGUCCACUGGGACAGGGCUCCCCCAAUCAUCAAAACUCUCCUCAAGGUCAGAAAGUAGGUGUUCCUUCUGGACAAAGCAAUGGAAGUACAGGCAUGGGUUUUAAUCAGGCCCUGUUGAACAGUGGUCAGAGUCAUGGUAUGAUGGGCCAGACAGGACAAGUCAUGAAUGGUGCUAUGGGACCAAUGGGUCGGGGGAGACCCGGAAUGCAGUAUCAAGGUCAAGGCAUGCAAGGGACACAAGUAAGUCCUGGACCUGGUGUUGGAGGCAGCGCGCUGGCAGAAACCCUAACCCAAGGAGGACCUCAGAUGGCAGUACACAACACAAUGAAUGCUCAACAAUCCGGGAACAUGAAUAAAAUGGCCAUGUCGGGAGCUCAGUUUAGCCAGCAGUAUGGUCCGACUGGGGUGCAGCAGAUGGGGUCAGCAGUCAACCCUCAACUUCAGAGCAAGGCAGCCAUUUCCAACAACUUGCCCCAAUUCCAUGCCGCUGAUCUGAAAGGAGUUGGAAAUGUGCCAAAUAUGAUGCAGCAACAGGUAGCGUCAAUGGGCAUGGUUGCUGGAGCUGGUGGUGUGUCAGGAGGCCCAACGGCUGACCCAGAGAAGCGAAAACUUAUCCAGCAGCAGCUGGUCUUGCUGCUUCAUGCACACAAGUGCCAGCGGCGGGAGCAGGCUAACGGCGAGGUGAGGAGCUGCGCUCUGCCCCACUGCCGCACCAUGAAGAACGUACUUAACCACAUGACCCACUGCCAGGCUGGCAAGUCCUGCCAAGUGGCUCACUGUGCGUCGUCCAGACAGAUAAUUUCUCACUGGAAGAACUGUACGAGGCAUGACUGCCCAGUGUGCUUACCUUUGAAAAACGCAAGUGACAAGAGGAAUCAGCAGCCUCUGUUGAGUUCACCUGGGGCUAACCUGCAGAAAGCCAUCAAUACAGCUGGACCCAGCCAGCCUAGUGCCACAACGAUCAGCAGUGGGACAUCACACAUUGACCCCAGCUCCAUGCAGAGGGCCUACGCAGCCCUGGGGCUCCCAUAUGGUAACCAGUCUUCUGCUCAGGUCCAGGGUCAGGGGCCCGCUCAGCAAAACCCUCCAGGUACCCAGCACCAGCAGCUGCGAAAUAUGAAUGCAUUAGGUGCUAACCAGAUGAACCAGAUGCCAGGAAAUAUGGGUACCUCUUCCACAGACCAGAGUGGCUUGCACUCUGACUCGUCUUUACCCUCCACACUACACAAUCAACUGAUGACAGAUGGGUCAGUAUUAGGAGGCAUAGGAAACCUGCCCACUGCUACCCCUCUGUCUGCUACGGGGGUAAGGAAGGCCUGGCAUGAACACGUCACUCAGGACCUGCGCACCCACCUGGUGCACAAACUAGUACAAGCCAUAUUCCCUACCCCAGAUCCCGCUGCACUAAAAGACAGGCGAAUGGAUAACCUGGUGGCUUAUGCUCGCAAAGUAGAGGGUGACAUGUAUGAGUCGGCUAACAGCAGGGAUGAGUACUAUCAUUUCCUGGCAGAAAAGAUUUACAAGAUCCAGAAGGAACUGGAAGAGAAGAGACGCUCACGAGAAAAAGAUCGCAACGUUGUGGCCACAGCCAGGUCACAGCAGCCUGGAUUGCCUCAGCCCAACACCAUGUGCCCGGCACAACCUGUUCGGCCUCCAAAUGGACCUGUUUCUAUGCCCAACAUGCCAAAUCAAAUGAUGAACCGCAUGCAGGUGCCUCAAGGAAUCAACCAUUUUAAUCCAAUGACGAUGCAGAAUCCACAGAUGCCUCAGGCACCCAUGGGAGCGCGGGCCCCUUCUCCAAUGAGCCAUCCACAGCAAAUGAACAUGCCCCCUGUUCAACCAAUGGGCGUGUCUCCAACAGGGAUCUCUCACAAUCAAGGAGUAAUGAGUAGUCAUACUAAUAACAUGGUGUCUCAGCAACCCAACCAAGUCCAGUUCAUGCCACAGGGCCAGUUUCAAAGUUCCACUAGCGGUGCAAUGAAUGUGAAUGUAGGCUCGGGACAGGCCAUGUCACAAGCCGCUGCUGCACAGCAACCUCAAAACUCUAGUCUCCCUAUGAAUGCACUGGGCUCUCUCGGUUCCCAGCUACCCCCUGGCCCCACAGCUCAACCCCCCUUGGGUACCACUCCUCCACCUAAUGCCUCAGCCACCCUGCAGCCUCACCAGCAGCAAACACCCCAUGCUGCUGCACAGGCUCAGGUGCCUCGGCCUUCCACUCCUAGCUCCUCCAUGGGGUCCUCUUUCACCCCAUCUCACAUACCCAAUAGCCUUCCUCGCCCGCCCUCAACCAUGGGCCCCCCAUCUGUCCCCUCUCAGCCUGUGACCCCCCAGCAGCCCCAACCCGAACCCCCCAGUCAGAUGCAGCAGUGCACUUCAGUGCAGGCACAGCACCCCAGCACCCCGUUGUCCCAGGCGGCAGCGAGUGUAGAUAACAGGGUGCCUACUCCGGGCUCUGUGGCUGAGCCUGGCUCCCACCCGGUUCUGCCUGACAUGAAUGGCACUGAAGUCAAGUCAGUAAAGAAUGAAGAAGAUGAAAAUUGCAUCGAGAAGAAACCAGAUGAUAUAAAAAUGGAGCAGGACGAUGAAACCAAACCCUCAGUUGUAAAAAAGGAGGAGCCAGAUGCAGCUAAACCAAAGCAGGAACCAAUGGAAGCAGAGCCGGCGAUUAAAACAGAGGUGAAGACGGAACCCAAAGAAGAGGAGGAAGGUGGAGCGAACAGCACAUCAACCUCUCAGAAUCACAAAAAGAUUUUUAAACCUGAAGAACUGAGACAAGCCCUCAUGCCAACACUGGAGGCCCUCUACAGACAGGACCCAGAGUCCCUGCCCUUCCGUCAACCUGUGGACCCUAUGUUGUUGGGCAUUCCUGACUAUUUUGACAUUGUGAAAAACCCUAUUGACCUAUCCACCAUCAAGCGCAAGUUGGACACUGGUCAGUACCAGGAGCCAUGGCAGUAUGUGGAAGACGUGUGGCUCAUGUUCAACAACGCCUGGCUGUACAACCGUAAAACAUCUCGGGUUUACAAGUACUGCACCAAACUGGCAGAAGUCUUUGAAGUAGAGAUCGAUCCCGUCAUGCAGUCCCUUGGCUACUGCUGUGGUAGAAAGUAUGAAUUCUCACCUCAGACGUUGUGUUGCUAUGGCAAACAGUUGUGCACCAUCUCCAGGGAUGGCACCUACUACAGCUAUCAAAACAGUUCACCCAAAUAUGGCCUUAUUGCUGACAGGUAUCACUUCUGUGAGAAGUGCUUCAAUGAGAUCCAGGGCAACAGUGUGACCCUGGGGGACGAUCCUGCACAACCACAGACUGUGAUAUCGAAAGAACAGUUUGAAAAGAAGAAAAAUGACACAUUGGACCCAGAACCGUUUGUUGAAUGUAAAGAUUGUGAAAGAAAAAUGCAUCAGAUAUGUGUGCUACACUAUGAAGUCAUUUGGCCAUCAGGUUUCAUCUGUGACAACUGCCUAAAGAAGUCUGGCAAGACAAAAAAAGAAAACAAGUUCUCAGCUCGAAGGUUGCAGACUACCAGGCUAGGGACAUACAUCGAGGACAGAGUCAACAAAUACUUGAAGCGACAAAACCACCCAGAAGCUGGUGAAGUGUUUGUGCGGGUUGUUGCUAGCUCUGAUAAAUCAGUCGAUGUUAAGCCCGGCAUGAAGUCGAGGUUUGUAGACUCAGGCGAGAUGAUGGAAAACUUCCCUUACAGAACCAAAGCACUUUUUGCAUUUGAGGAAAUAGACGGUGUGGACGUUUGUUUCUUCGGCAUGCACGUCCAGGAAUAUGGCUCUGAUUGUCCUUUUCCAAACACCAGGCGGGUUUACAUAUCAUACCUUGACAGUGUUCACUUCUUCAAGCCACGUUUGCUAAGGACUGCAGUGUACCAUGAGAUCCUAAUAGGUUACCUGGAGUAUGUAAAGAAACUUGGGUAUGUGAUGGGUCACAUUUGGGCUUGUCCUCCAAGUGAAGGAGAUGACUACAUUUUCCACUGCCACCCUCCUGACCAGAAAAUCCCAAAGCCCAAAAGGCUCCAAGAGUGGUACCGCAAGAUGCUGGACAAAGCUUUUGCUGAGCGGAUUUUGCAUGAUUACAAGGACAUUUUCAAGCAGGCUACAGAAGAUAGGCUGACGAGUGCCAAUGAGCUGCCGUACUUCGAAGGAGACUUUUGGCCUAAUGUACUGGAGGAGAGCAUUAAGGAGCUGGAGCAGGAGGAGGAGGAAAGGAAAAAAGAGGAGAACACAGCCUCUUCUGAGACUACAGAGGGGGCCCAGGCUGACAGCAAGAAUGCCAAAAAGAAGAACAACAAGAAAACCAACAAGAACAAAAGCAGUCUUAGUCGGGCCAAUAAGAAAAAACCCGGGAUGCCAAAUGUGGCCAAUGAUCUGUCACAAAAACUUUACGCCACAAUGGAAAAACAUAAGGAGGUGUUUUUUGUCAUACACCUCCAUGCUGGGCCCGUCAUCAACACCUUGCCGCCCAUUAUGGACCCAGACCCCCUGCUUACUUGUGACCUCAUGGAUGGCCGUGAUGCCUUUUUGACUUUGGCCAGGGACAAGCACUGGGAGUUCAGCUCGCUGAGGAGAUGCAAGUGGAGUACAAUGUGCAUGUUGGUGGAGCUGCACAACCAGGGCCAGGACCGCUUUGUUUACACUUGCAAUGAGUGCAAGCAUCACGUGGAAACCCGCUGGCAUUGCACUGUUUGUGAGGAUUAUGACCUAUGCAUUAACUGCUACAAGACCAAGGGCCAUGAGCAUCAGAUGGUGAAAUGGGGCCUAGGCUUGGACGAUGACAGCAACGGUCAGGGUGGGGAGGCCUCCAAGAGCCCACAGGAGAAUCGGCGUCUCAGCAUCCAGCGCUGCAUCCAGUCCCUUGUCCACGCCUGCCAAUGCCGCAACGCCAACUGCUCGCUGUCGUCAUGUCAGAAGAUGAAGAGGGUAGUUCAGCACACCAAGGGCUGCAAGCGCAAGACCAAUGGUGGCUGUCCGGUUUGCAAACAGCUUAUUGCUUUAUGUUGUUAUCAUGCCAAGCACUGUCAGGAGAACAAAUGUCCAGUUCCAUUCUGUCUCAACAUUAAGCAAAAGCUCCAUCAGCAGCAGCUGCAGCACAGGCUGCAUCAGGCUCAAAUGAUGCGCCGCAGAAUGGCCACUAUGGCUGGAAGAGGAAUGCCGAUGCCAUCUCCACCUACCUCCACUGCCCUGGACACCCCAAAUUCUCUGCAGCAGCCUAAUACCCCCCAGACUCCCCAGCCCAUGCCUAACCAACCCCAACAGCAACCACCAAACCCUGCCAACAUUGCCCAGGGGUUCCCCGGUAAUGGUCGCGGUAGUCAGCCCACAACGCCUGUUCCACAGGGUAAACCUGGGCCUCCGUCGUCCCCACUCCAUCAGCAGCUGUCCCCAAUGCCAAACAUGCCACACCAACAGCAGCCUCCGCCUCCACAGCAACAGCAGCAACUGCUGGCAGCCCAGAAAGUGGCUCAUGAGAUCCAGAUGGUAGCCAAGGCAAAGCAGCUGCAGACAAAUUAUGCUAUGAACGGGAUGCACAUGAACCACUCUCGUAUGAUGGGGCCUGGGCCAAACCAGAUGCAGAUGGUGCAAGGGCCACGGGGUCCCCAGGUGAUGCCGGCUAUGCAGCAAGGCCAGUGGAACCCUGGCAUGCAGAAGCCCCAGGGUUCUCAGCCACAAGUCCCUCCCCAGCAAGGUCCCAUGGUUUCUCAACAGGCUCAGGGAACCCCAAUGCUACAGCCGGGUCAGCUCAUGCAGAGGCCCAUGAUGCCACAGCAACACGGUCUUCAAAUGCCUGGGGUCAUGCCUUCCCAGAUGCCCUCGCAACAGGGCAUGACACAACAGCAACAGAACAUGCCCCGGGGAAUACCAAGCAACAUCACUCAAAAUGCCCUGCAGGAAUUACUGCACUUCCUCAAAUCUCCCAGCUCUCCGCACCAACAGCAGCAGGUCCUGACCAUCUUAAAGUCGAACCCACACCUCAUGGCUGCUUUCAUCAAACAGAGAACGGCAAAGUACCAGGCCAGCCAGCAACCACAGCAGCAGCAGCAGCAGCAGGCGCAGCAGCAGCAGAACCCACAGGCCAUGAUGGGCUCCCAGGCUGGAAUGCAGGUUAUGUCAUCAAUGGCAAACCAGGUGCCCAGACCGGGGAUUUCUCCCCAGCAGCAACCUCGGCAGCCGGCAGGACCACAGGGCAUGAUGUCCAUAGGUCCUCAAGGCCAGAUGAUGAAUCCUGCUCAAAAUGGAAACCCCCAGCUGUACCGCAGGCAGCAGAUGUUCAGGAUGCAGCAAAUGCAGUCACAGGGAGGCUUGAAUCAGGUCCACGGUCAGUUUCCUCCCCAGCAGACGGGACAAGCAAACUUCUCCCAGAUCUGUAUGCAGCAGCAAAUGACUAUGCAAGGAGGCGGGGGACCCAUGAGCCAGCUCCCUCCUACAUCCCAAAUGGGGCAACCUGGCAUGGGCGUCGACAGCUCCAGGAUGGUCCUCCAACAGCGCUUGCUUCAGCCCCAACAGAUGAAGCAGCAGAUGGGCUCUCCAGCACAGGCUAACUCCAUGAGUCCGCAGCCUCAUAUGCUACAAGGCCAAGCCCCGGGAGUAGCUCACCUACAGGGCCAAACCAUGGCCAACACCCUGGGAAAUCAAGUGCGCUCCCCCGCCCCGGUCCAGUCCCCACGGCCGCCAUCACAACAGGCUCCUCAUUCCGGCUCCUCCCCACGAAUACAACCACAUCCAUCGCCUCAACAUGCAGCUCUACACUCCAACUCUCCACAUCCCAGCCUCGCUCCCAUGUCUGGCUCCAUGGAGCAAGGGCACAUGGGAACACCUGAGCAGAGCGCCAUGCUCCCACAGCUGAACACACCAAAUCGAGGGGCUUUAGGAAACGACAUGGGCAUGGUGGGUGACACAACCGGAGACACUCUGGAAAAAUUUGUUGAAGGAUUGUAGCAUUUUAAGAAAGAGGACUCGUUUUCAACUGAAAGGUUUUCUACCGACUUAUGUAAAAAGAAAGAAAUACAAACAAAUGAGUCUUAAAAGGCCUCUGGACUGUGAACUUUCCUUUAGCAAUUAACUACUUUUUUCCUAAACCAGAAUGAUUUACAUGCGCUGGGGAAAAGGACAGAAAUCAAAUUUUGGUUCAGAUCAGCUUUGCAAGAGUUUACCCAUGUCAUUGUGUUUUAAUUUGUUUUUCAGUUGAUCUACAUUUGACUUUUGAAAAAAAAAAAUUGGAAACAAAAAUAUUUUGUUGUAUUCUUUUUUGUACUUUUGCAAAUUAAUAUUGUACUUGUGUUGAGGAGUAUGUAAAAUUGCUUGGGAGUUUUCUGCCAGGUUUGACCUCUUGUUUAGUUUCCUUGUUCCUGGCUAAUUUAUUCAAAUAAUACACCCUUUUUUGAGAUAACUGCCUUUGGGAAAGCCUUAAUUUCUUUCCUGGUUGCAGAGUCUAAUAGAGAUUUACUUAUUUGUAUAGAUCUACACUUCGUAUUGCACACACAAACACAUCAUGCUGGUAAGAAAGACACCUGCUUUAAAGCUUGUAAUGUUAAUAUGUGCCAGAUUUCUUUUUUUUUCACUGGCCAUGGCUCAGCGUUUUGCUGGCAGAUUUUCCUACAUUGCUUUGUUUGUUUUUACAUUUAAAGAAUUGUCUAUGUAUUGAACCUCUUUUGCCUGUGGUGGGAAAUUCCAUUGUUUGACUGCUGAUUUGUGUUCAGAGAGUUUUGUGCAUCUUUUUCUCUUCCAUUAAACUUGAAUUGAUGAGGAACUAUUCUCCAAUGUAAAUCAAGCAGCUAGACAGUACUGUAAAUAUGGUAUGAAUAGAAAAUAAGAAUGAAAUCAGAUGUAUAAACUGGUUCAAAUGGCUCAUUUCAUAUUUCUAUAUCAUAUUGUUAAAUAAACCUGUGUGCCACAGA